AUGUCAGCUUCCAACAUCAGUGAGGACAGUCUCCCAGGCACACUCAUCCUGACGGGCAUCCCAGGGCUGGAGUGGGCCCACGUCUGGAUCGCCAUCCCCUUCUGUGCCAUGUAUCUUGUAGCGCUGGUUGGCAAUGCUGCCCUCAUCCUGGUCAUUGUGACAGACAGUGCUCUUCAUGCACCCAUGUACCUCUUCCUGUGCCUUCUUUCGCUCACCGACCUGGCUCUCAGCUCCACCACGGUGCCUAAGAUGCUGUCCACUUUAUGGCUGCAUGCUGGAGAGAUUUCCUUUGGUGGAUGCCUGGCCCAAAUGUUUUGUGUCCAUUCUAUCUAUGCUCUGGAGUCUUCAGUUCUUCUAGCCAUGGCCUUUGAUCGCUAUGUGGCAAUCUGCAACCCACUGAGAUACACAACCAUUCUCAACCAUACCGUCAUAGGCAUGAUUAGCCUUGUUGGGCUAUUCCGUAGUGUGGCCAUUGUGACCCCAUUCAUCUUCUUGUUGAGGCGACUGCCUUACUGUGGUCACCAUGUCAUGGCCCACACAUACUGUGAGCACAUGGGCAUCGCUCGCCUGGCCUGUGCCAACAUCACUGUCAAUAUUGUGUAUGGGCUGACUGUGGCCCUGCUGGCCAUGGGUCUGGAUGCCAUCCUCAUUGCCAUUUCCUACGGCUUUAUCCUCCAUGCUGUCUUCCGCCUUCCAUCUCAAGAUGCCAGGCACAAGGCUCUGAGUACCUGUGGCUCCCACCUGGGGGUCAUCCUGGUCUUCUACAUUCCUGCCUUCUUCUCCUUCCUCACCCACCGCUUUGGCCAGCACCGAGUCCCCAAGAAUGUGCACAUUUUUCUGGCCAACCUGUAUGUGCUGGUGCCUCCUGUGCUCAACCCGAUCAUCUAUGGGGCUAGGACCAAGGAGAUUCGGAGCCGACUUCUGAGGCUGCUUCACUUGGGGAAAAUUUCAACAUGAAAUUUGAGUACAGGCUAGGGAUAAGGAAAGUAAAUGGGUUCUGAGCUUUCUAGGUACAUUUACAUGGAUGGAGACCUCUAAUAUGACAUAAGCGUGUUUUUAGGAGAGGAAGUAAUGGAAGCAAAGAGAAGGUCAGAUGAAUUGGAAAUACCAAAAAUCACAUUGAACACACCACAUUCUUGAGGCUCUUUGGGCAACGCUGAAUAACUCAGAGAGAUGAUAAUAUUUUUACU